AGCCUGGAGCAGCUCGCGGAGCUCGUCGCCGCGCUGGGCGGGGCCGAGCGGGCGCUGGAGGCGGCGAGGGCCGCCCGCGCUCGGGCGCGGGAGGCCGAGGCGUCGGAGCUGCAGGCGAGCCGCAGGAGGAGCCGCGGACAAGCCCAGGCCAUGCUCGAGGCCGCCGAGCUGUUGCGGCAGGAGGCGCAGCAGGCGGAGGAGGCGCGCGGGCUGAGGAGCCCGCGGGAGAGGCAGGCGCGCUGCCACGCCUCGCUCCGCCACGUCCAGCAGCUGACCCGGGACAUGAAGGACCUGGCGGUGUCGGCCGAGCUCCGCCCCAAGCACUCGGCGCUCCUCCAGGCGCUGCGUGGGCUCGAGGAGCGGCUCGCGCCGGAGGUAGCCAACCGGCGGCCCUCCCGGGAGAGCCUCAGCCCCCGCGCCCUGCCCCGCGAGGCACGGCAGCGCUUCGGCGAGGCCGCCGCGGCGUUCGAGGACGAGCUGGCGGCGGAUCUCGCGUCGCUGCACGCGAGGCACGACAGAGAGGCGCACCAGGAGCAGGCAGAGAUCUUGGCAUCGCUUCGCCGCAGCACGGAGGAGCGCCACGGCGACGUGCUGCAGGCGGCACGCGCGGCCAUCGCCGCGGCCGCCCGCGGGCCGGCGGCGGCGGCCCUCGCGGAGGAGGCGUUGGCGCAGGUCGCGGGCGUGCAGGCCGCGCUGGCGGCGGAGGCCUUCCGGCACGGCGAGGUGGAGGGCACGGGCCCGCGCAGCCUCGCGACGCUGGGCCCGCGCCGGGCGCUGCUCGAGGGCGCCGCGGCGGCGACCACCGCCGCGCUCGGCGCGCUGCAGGUAGAGCUGGAGCGGAAGCCGAGCGCCGCCGCGGGCGCUGCGCAGCCGCCCUGGGACGGCGAGUGGGAGGCCGCCGUGGCGGGCGCAGAGGCGCGCUGGGCGGCGUUCUGCCGCGACUGGCCCGCGGGCGCGGGCGAGGUCGUCUUCCGGGCCAGCGUGGCGGUGCCGGAGGCGGCGGAGUUGGGCGCGCCGCCGCCGCGCUCGGCGCCGACCGAGAUGCAGCUGCUGAAGGAGCUGGACGUCGAGCUCCUCGUCGGCCCGCCCGCGCCGGCCCGGGCCCACCCGGGCGGCGGCGGCGGCCGCGAGGGCGGCGAGGGGCCCCCGGGGCAGCCCAGCCGCGGCGGCGGCCCGGAGGCUCCACGCCGGCCCAGCGCGUCGCCGCCUCCGGCGGUGCCGCUGUUCCCCACCGCCCUCCCCGGGGACGCCGACACGUACAGCAUGGACAGCACCCGCAAGCCGUCGAGCCGCGCGGGCUCGGCGCGCAAGUCCAGCCGCUCGCCGCCGCCCGCCGCCCUCCACCGGCGCCCCGGCGGCGUCGGCUCCGACGGCUCCCGCAGGUCGUCGAGCAGCCCGGGGGCCACCGCGCGCCCGUCGAGCCGCUCGCCGCCGCCCGCUGCCGCGCUGCCCGGGGGCUCCGACAGCCUCGGCAGCUCUCGCAGCAAGGCCUCGGAGCGCGGGGCCGCGCCGGAGGCCGCGAGCAAGGCGAGCCCGUCGCCGCCGGCGGCCGCCCUCCCCGAGGGUCCCAACGGCGCGGGCGGCUCCCGCAGGUCGUCGAGCAGCCCCGGGGCCAGCGCGCGCCGGCCGAGCCGCGCGCCCGCUCCCGGGGGGCCCGACGGCAUCGACGGCGCCCAGCCCCGGGUCGCUUCGAAGCGCGGGGCCUUGCCGGAGGCCGCGCGCAAGGCGAGCCCGUCGCCGCCUGCGGCCGCCCUCCCAGGGGGUCCCAACGACGGCGCGGGGCCCGACGGCAUCGGCGGCGCCCAGACCCAGGUCGCCUCGAAGCGCGGGGCCGCGCCGGAGGAGGCCCCGCGCAAGGCGAGCCCGUCGCCGCCUCGAUCCCCGCUGUACCCCGCGGGCCUCGCCAGGGACGGUGGCUUACGCAAGGUGUCGAAGCGCGGGACCGUGCCGCCCGAGGUGCCGCUCGUGCCGUUCGCCCUCCCUGUGCCUGGCUCCGACGGCAUCGACAGGCUCUCGUCCCAGAAGCCCAAGCAGCCCGCGGCGCCGCGCCCGGCGGAGGCGGCGGCCGCGGAGGCGCCGCCGCACGCCCCGCCCGACCUGCCCGAGGUCCGGCGGCCCCCGAGCGCCGCCCGCGGCCGCCCCACCAGCGCGGGCGGCCUCUCCGGGCCCGCCCCCGGCGCGGCGGCCACCGGCGGGCCCUGGGCUGGCGCCACGACGGCGCCCGAGGCCGCGCUGCGGUUCGACGGACUGCCGGCCGCUUCCCCCGUGCGGCCCGGCUCCGCCGCGGCAGGCCAGCUCCUGCCGCUCGCAGCUUUCAAGACGGGUGCCGAGCUCCCGGAGCUCCGAGCAGCAGAGCCGCGAGCCCUCGGCAAGCGGUGCGAGGACGACCCGUGGCACACCGUACGAUGGGCGGUUCCCUGCCAGGACGUGGCGCCGGCGAAAGAACCGCUUGCCCGCGAAGCAGGCGCAGAGGCGUGUGAGAUGGAGCAGAGGAGGUGA